UUCUAUUUUUGAACAAGAAUGAGUCUCCAUUCUGUUGACUACGUUUAUAUUUUUGGUUUAGCAGUUAUCAAAGAAUUGAUUAUCGAGUACCUGUCCCAUUACAAAGUUACUGUGAUGCUCAUUCUGCCAAUAAAUCUAAACAUAGAUGGGAGGAUAUAUGUGCCUUUCGUGCUUUCCCUUACAAGUUCCAGACUUCUUUACAGUUAUUCGAGCUUGUCGAUGAUUAUAUUCAAUCAGAAAUAAACAAGCCUCCAUCGCAAUCAACUUGCACUUUUGCAAAUGGGUGGUUCUCACAACACAUGAUCAAUUGUAUUAGACAACGUCUUAUGGUGAGAUUCCUAUCUGUAUUUCCCAAGCCUGGCGCAGAGAAUUUACUCAGAGCUGCCACUUCAAGGUUUGAAAAAUUAAAGAGGGAGUGCCUUAGGAAUGUCAUGAAGCUUGAUGGAGUAGAAUGCCAGCAACCUAAUUUAGGUUUGGAAGAGAAUGAAGAACUUGACAAUGCUGAAGACGAAGAGGACGCAGUCGAGGGUAAUGAUAGUGAAGAAGAAUGGGAAGAAGAAAUUGAUUUGGUUGGAGAUAAAGAAAUGCCUCUGCCGUCUAAUUCAUACAUCAACAUGGAGAAUAUUUCAAGGACUCAUUUACAGGAACUUUUUGGUAGCUUCCAUCCUAAUGCAAUUGAUGGUGAGCAAGUACUUGCAAAUGGCAGCGACGAAGAAUAUCAUAUAUACGAGGAAGAUAGUGAGGAGAAUUACUCUGAUGAAUAAUUUGUGUCAUUCAGAGUCAUCAAAUACACAUAUAGGA